AUGAUCCACUUGAAUCAUCGGUCUCCAGUUCUGAUAGUGUGGAGUUUGAUAUUUUUCUUCCUUGCUGCAGUAGCUGUUGCACUUCGAGUUGCUUCUAUACGUAUACGACGUCGGGACCUGAAAAGUCAUGAUUAUCUUGUUUUCUUCUCAUUAAUGCUAUUGACUGGCUAUGUGGUGGACAUGCUGAUAGGGGCUACCACUGCCGGCUAUGGUGGACAUACGGCGACCAUGGCUGCGCGGAACCCAGGAGAGUUGGUUAGCGCAUUAAAGAUAUUCUGGGCAUCUGAAUGGAUGUGGGCAACCUCUACGGUUUGCUUUAGACUCGCAAUACUCCUUUUAUAUAUGGAGAUCUUCCCAGGAAAUCAGAAAUUCUUCUGGUGCGCAACUAGUGUGGGAUGUCUUGUCUUCCUAUACUGGGUAUCUGCGAUCUUGACCAUCGCUUUGCUCUGUCGUCCAGUGGCCUAUAACUGGAAUCGCACUAUUUCAGGGAGCUGUGGGGAUGUUCUGAAGAUACAGUAUGCAUCUGCAGGGUUCAACAUGGGGAUUGAUUUGGGAGUCGUGCUACUACCGCUCCCUAUUGUUUGGCGACUACAAAUGUCGAGUCGCAAAAAGAUUGGCGUCACUGCAUCGUUCGCGAUAGGCAUUCUAACGGCCGGUAUCAAUCUGGGCCGCAUUAUUCAGACCAAGCUGUGUCCAGCCGACGACCUAAUCUACUGCCUAAGAGACUCCUCUAUUUUUAUCAUGGCCGAGAUGACGGCAGGAAUCUUGGUGGCCUGUGUUCCAACGUUUGGGCCCUUACUGUUUCGCGGGAGAACGGUACAUUCAGCGCAACCACGCGAUUUGCCGACAAUUGGGUCAGCUCAGCUACGCCGUCGACCCGCAAAAUUAGAUUCUCUCCUUUCCACGCUCGAUCGGAGUCACAAUGAUGAAGAGCGAGGCCACAAGGAAGUGGAGCCCAUGGGUGCCCCCACAGCACAUGCCGGGGUUAGGGACGAAAAUGAAGCUCCAGGGACUGGUAUUUUGGUGACGCGAGACCUUGACGUUCAUAGUUUGAAUGUGCUCCCUCGAGCGUCCGAGACCUCUACUGUUUGA